GAACAGAAAUUUCCAUCAUCGAAAUGGAUAAAACUGAAUGUUGGUGGUAAAGUAUUCCAAACGACAAUAUGGACACUGGUGAGCAAAGAACCGGAUAGUAUGCUGGCCCGCAUGUUCUCUCAAGACGGUGCCAUGAUGCCCAGUGAUCAAGAUGAAUCGGGAGCGUAUUUAAUUGAUCGAAGUGCUCAUUAUUUUGAGCCAAUAAUUAAUUAUCUAAGGCAUGGUCAACUUAUUGUCGAUCCCAAUAUUAGCCUGGAAGGUGUAUUAGAAGAAGCAAAAUUCUAUGGGUUAGAAUCAUUGGUUGGCCAGUUGGAAGCACAAAUUAUGCAAAAUAAUCAAUCGCUCGAUAAUCAGCCAUUGACCCGAAGAGAUGUCAUCAAGGCACUCAUACAAACAUCACACAUUACAGAAAUACGUUUUCAGGGUGUAAAUUUGGCUGGUGCCGAUUUGAGGAAACUGGAUUUCCGUAAUAUUAAUUUCAAGUAUGCUUGCAUGCAAAGAUGUAAUUUGUCCCAUGCUAAUCUAACAUACUGCUGUUUGGAACGUACCGAUCUUGCAUAUGCCAAUUUAGAGUGUGCCCAACUUAUAUCAGUAAAAGGUUUAUGUGCCAAUAUGGAAGGUGCCAAUUUAAGAGGUUGCAAUUUCGAAGAUCCCUCAGGUUUAAGAACCAAUUUGGAAGGUGUCAAUCUUAAGGGAGCAUGCUUGGAAAGCUCCAAUAUGGCAGCAGUAAAUCUCCGUGUUGCGAAUCUAAAAAAUGCCAACAUGAAGAAUUGUAAUCUGCGUUCGGCUGUACUGGCCGGAGCUGAUUUAGAGCGUUGUAAUCUGUCGGGUAGUGAUUUGCAGGAGGCAAACUUAAGAGGUGCAAAUCUAAAAGAUGCAGAGCUUACGCUAAUGGUGACACCCUUACACAUGGCUCAAGCCAUACGCUAGCAGUUAUAUUUGUAUGGCUAA